AAUUUUGAUAAAAAAGAUAGACACUUCCCCUGUUGGAGGAAGUUGUCGUGUGUUUUAUGUGUUUAGCGGACAUUGUUAUUACCGAAACCGACUAAUUUCGCUUUAUUUAUAUUGCUAUAACGUAAUUAGUAUCAAUUAAUUUAACAUUAUGAUUUAGUAUUUAUGCAGAAACGGUCAGCAUUACAGCUACGUUCAGAUUUCGCGAUUCUCGACCGAUUAUUUUCAACGCCAGUACGAAACGACGAAUUAUAUCGCAAAUAUGGACACCGAAGUGAAUACAAGUAACGACACCAAUUACAAUUCAUCGGAUCAUAAAAUCGAAUCUAAGGAUGCCGCUGAAGAUUCCUACGACUCCUGCUCCGAACCCGAAUACCAGAGCUUGAUAAGAUCUAACGAUUACGACGAUGAUGACGACGACGACGAUGACGAUGAUAACGACGAAGACGAGAUGAAAACGAACAACAAAGACGACUCAGCCAGCGUCACCUCAGACCAUUCAUGCUCGGGAUGCUCAAAAUCGCACUCAUCUUCGUCUUCAGAUUCUGACGACGACGAUAAUUGCAGCAGUUGUUCGAGCUCGUCGAGCGCUUCAUCGCAAUGCUCGAACCCGCCGCCGCCAAAAAGCCCCUCACCUCCGCCAGUCCUUCCGAAGCUUCCGCAACUUCCGCCCUUCGAUCCGAACACAUUCGCUUGCAACUAUUGCAUGCAGCAGUUCAGUUACAAGUCGAGCUUGAAGCGUCAUAUCAAAAGUCACAUGCGUAAGGAUCUAUUCGUGUGUUCGAUCUGCGGCAAGGAGUUCCGGUUACCGGCUCAGUUACAGAAACACGUUCUAGUCCAUUCGAAUAACACACCUUUCGAGUGCAACCUUUGCGGCAAAGUGUACGGUAAUCGAAUGCAGCUUAUCGGGCACAUGUCUUGUCACAGCAAGGAGUCCAGAGAACGGAGCAAGUACAUUUGUAGCAUUUGUAAUAAAAAGUUCAGUAACCGGAGCACGUUACGCGAACACGAGACUAGACAUUCGAACGGUACGUUGCAUUCGUGCGAAGUUUGCGGACGUACGUUCAAGAUGAAAUCUUACUUAGUCGUGCACAAACGUACGCACACUAUGAAUAAAGCCUACACCGGAGAACGUCCUUUCCCUUGUCAAGUUUGUAAUAAAUCUUUCCUCAGCUUGAGUAAUUUAGAAUUACAUUCGUUGGUUCACGCCUACGAAAAGACGUCGUUCACCUGCGAAGUCUGCGGCAAGAUAUUCUCUCGUAAGUCUAACUAUAUUGCUCACUCGAAAGUACACAGUAAUAAUUACAAUGAUAUCAGUUAAAUCGUUCGGUCUACUCGAAGAGUAGGCUCCGCUGUUGAUAACGACGCAACAAGAGAUUACACCACGUAUCUCUGUGAUAAUGUAAUUUAUUCAAAUAGAUCGAAACGAAAUUCGUACUGGCUAUUGUUCCAAUUUUUUCUCAAAUAACCAUUCCUUCAUUUGGCAGAUUUUGUUCUAUCUAAACUGCCGAUCGGUUUCUCCAAAACAAUUAUAAUCGUUCCCAUUUUCUAGACUAUUUAUUUCUAUCAUGUGAUUUCCAUGUGUUUUGAAAGCUCGUGUUAAUCGUGUUUUGCACGAUGCUGAAUAAAAAUUAUCUAAGUAUAAUUUUCAACGUUGUUUUAGCAUGUAUUGUUUUAUACGUGUGUAAUAUUUUAUUAAUUUGUUUUAUAUCUUGUAUUAUUUUAUAAUUUCGUGUGUUGUUUUUACGUGUACAAAGCAAUCAUUGUAUUUAAAAGAGGGAUUCUUCUUUUCUUUUUUUUUAUGUUUGUAAGUGUAGGUAAAACAAAAUGCAUUUUUUUCUUUUUUGUUUUAAAUCGCUCCCGCCUAAGUAACAGGUUGACUAUAUUUAUUCAUUCGCCUUUGAUGUACGUCCGCGUACGUAUUUUUAUUUUUUCACCAUUAUUUAUUUUCGGUUUUUAUUUAAGAGUUGUUGAAAAAGACUCGUGUCUGUUUUUUUUCAUUUUUUUUCUAUUCUUGCAUUUCGAGUAUGUGUUUAGAGAGAGUUGUUUGUUCGCACGUUUUGAACGAUCGGGUAUUUUUCUUCUUAGAGCCUGUUAUUUUUUAAGAUUAUAGCAUUUAAACCGUAUAGCGUGCAUGUUAGAGCAUAUAAAUCUUAUUAUGUAAUUUCUUCUAUUUGUAAACUUGUUUUAUUGUUAUUUGUAUAAUACAAUUUAUUCGUCCGAA